CAUUUUACUGGCAUGGCUGACUGUUUCCGGCAAACUGUGAAGAACAAAGGUGUGCUUGGACUUUGGAGUGGACUCACACCCAGUCUCCUCAAGAUUGUCCCAUACUUCGGUGUUAUGUUUAGCACCUUUGAAUUCUGCAAGCGGGUCUGUCUGUACAGAAAUGGUUAUAUUGAAUCUCCUUUAAAUUACAAGCUAACUCCUGGGGUGGACCAGAGUUUACAGCCACAAGAACUGAGAGAAUUAAAACUCCUCCGAAGGGAAAAUUUUGAGCCAAGGAAAUCAGCUCUUGAAAACUGACAUCAGAGUGUCCAUUGCACAUAUACGCACUAACUUUCUUAAGGAACUUUGCAAGAAAGACAUGCUGAACUACAGGUACCAGCAUCUCUGUGUGUUGUGUGGUUUUAGUAUUGAGACACCAGUGCCAGGAAUGAAUAAAUCUUGUAUCUCAUUUGCUGAAUGGAUAUAAACAAUACGAAUAGCAAGCGUAUACUGAACGGGAGAGGUGCAACUAGUCUGAAAACACUAUGCUAUUGGAACUUAAAAUUUCAUUAUUUUAGGUGUUUUUCAAUACUGAAUAGCCAUUUUGAGAUAAAACCAUUUGCAGAAAGGCAAGAGAACUGAGAUGAGAGUUUAAAUUGUAUCUUCAAAAAUACUAAGAAAAUUCAAAUGCAUUUUUUAAAGUAAUCUGAGAUACUGAGUCAGCCAAAAAUGAUAA